CGCUUUGCUAAACCCACGUCUUCUCCCCGCCGUCCGCCCCGCUUUGCGUCUUCGUGUACGGAUACACCUGCUCGCCGUUUCUGACGUUUCUCCGUUCCCAGACUCAACCGGAAUGGACGACUUUGACUUGCUCAACGCGCCCGCCGCCGGGAACGGCGUCGGCUCGGAGGAGGACCCCGCCGCCGCCUUCCUGGCUCAGCAGGAGAGCGAAAUCGCGGGGAUUGAAAACGACGAGGGCUUCAGCAUCCUGGACGGAGGAGAGGUGCCCCCCUCCCUGGGAGACUCCGGCGAUGGUGUUAUCAACGGAGACAUCCACGGGGAAAGCAACGGUCCAUCUGAUGCGUAUGCAGCCAUUUCUACUGCAGACCGGCUGCAGGCUGAGCCUGAGAGUCUGCGCAAAUGGAGGGAGGAGCAAAGAGAGAGGCUGGAGGUACUAGAUGCUAACUCGCGUAAGCAGGAGUCUGAGUGGAAGGAGAAGGCCAAGCUGGAGCUGGAGGAGUGGCACGCCAGGCAGAACGAGCAGCUGGAGAAGACCAAGACCAACAACAGGGUUCUGGAUGAAGACUUCUACAAGCAGCCCUUCUCUGAGCUCAUUGGUUAUGUCACACACAUAAACCAUCCUUGCUACCGCCUAGACCAGGCGGCCGAGGAAGCCAUGAUUUCAGACCUGGACGAGAACAACCCCGGCACCGAGUGGGAGCGGGUGGCCCGGCUCUGCGACUUCAACCCCAAGUCCAGUAAGCAGGCCAAGGACGUGUCCCGCAUGCGCUCCGUGCUCAUCUCCCUGAAGCAGUCCCCCCUGGUCCGCUAGGCCGUCUUCCACCCUCCUCCCUCCACACAUCCAUUCAUCUGCUAACAUCAAGAGAACGGUCCUGCCCCCCCCCCCCCCCCCCCCCCCCCCCACACACACACACACACACACACACACUUUAAAGCUUGUAUGAAGAACCCGUUCGGCCCGGUUCUGUGGUUUCACUGUAGAUUUGGUGUUGGGACACUAAAAGGGAAGGUUCCUGUUUGUUUGUGCUACACUUCUAACAGCAAAAGCCCCCAAAGUGUUUUUUAUGUGUGGUGAUGUCAGAGCCAGCCGGAGGGGGGGGUCCAGAAACGGUCAUCUGCCUGUCCUUCACACACCUGUCCGGUUUACCUUCUUUAAAAAGCUGUCCAAAGUUGUGUUCUUGUUCUCUGAGGACCAAACUCCAGCAAAACUCCAAAUGCUGUGUGUGUAGUGUGUAGUAGCAGUUUGUGGCAUGUUGUUCCAAUCUAUGCAUUUGAAUAUUGAAGCCUCUGUUCUCCCGUCACAACUGAACAAAGUCCAGCCAUUACAUGUUUGUGUGUGUUAAAACCUGAGUAGUGUGUACUUUAUGAGUGUACCUAUGUACAUAUGCAGAAUAUAUACAGUAUAUAGAACAUGUCACUGGAACAGAAGGCCAGACUGACCAGAGUGUUCAUCGUCCAUUUGAUUUCAAUCUCAGAAUGAAGUAAACUGCUGUACUGUUCA